UGUUCCAUCUCAAGUUCUUAAGAUUCAGUGCUUAAGAUUUUGUGCUUAAGAUGUCGGACCAUUUAUCGUUUAGUGAUGAUGAUUUGGAAGAACUAUUGGAAGUUAUUGAAGUACCGACAACACUUGGAAGCUGUCAAUAGUGUCAAUCGAAUAGCAGCUUGGUAACAGCACAAAAUAGAGGGCAAAUUGGCAACAGUGUUGAAUACGCAAACAGUUCCAAAGUCGUUCGCGGUAAACGAAAAUCUCGAACUAGAAAAUAAUUGGACAUGCGCAUUUGUGUAAUUCUGGAUGGUUCAGUUUUAGUUCCGAACUGGUUCAUUUUUUGACCCGCGAACGCAAUUAAUGUUUUUCGAUUCGAUACCGAAUAUUUUCGAUAGGUCAAUGCAUCAUGGGCGAGAAUGGCGUUUUUUUCACUUUCACUCAGUAGCGAUAUUGAGGACGUGUACUCUCUGAAGUAGGCGUGGUUUACACUAAAUAAGACCACGCCUCUUUUCCUAGUCGCGCAUUAACAGAAUGACCCCAAAGUUUCUGACAGAAAUGACAGGUCUUCUGUCUAUCUGUCAAGUCGUCCUCUUAUUUCGGUUCUCGUUUAUACAACAGGAAAAAAUGCAGACUUGCAAAAGGCGUAAUCGAGGACGUUCAAAGCACGGCCGUGGACAUGUGAAACCCGUAAGGUGCACCAAUUGCGCCAGAUGCGUUCCUAAAGACAAAGCUAUCAAAAAGUUCGUCAUUAGGAAUAUCGUCGAAGCUGCCGCUGUUAGGGAUAUUACUGAAGCCUCAGUGUACACCCAGUAUGUCCUUCCAAAGUUAUAUGCAAAGUUACACUACUGUGUAUCUUGCGCUAUCCACAGCAAAGUAGUGCGUAACAGGAGUAAGAAGGAUAGGAGGAUUAGGACCCCGCCCCAGAGGAACUUCCCAGGUCGUGACAACAACAGGGCUAACGCUCAACAGAGAAAGUAGAAUAUGAUUUUUUUAAAACAAUAAAUGAAAAAAAUCAUCUGGUAAUUUUAUUUUUAUGUCUAACAACCUUCCUACUCAUAAUGAAAAAAGUUCCAAGGAAAUGCAGGUAUUUGGAAUAAAACCAGUAUUUGAUAUGUGAUAUUUAUUGUUAAAACAUGCCCUGUAAUCUUCUAUUAGUAAAUAGAAUUUUGAAGUCUUUGGCUCUUAAUACUGAGGAUGAUAAUGUAGAAUCACCUUGGUUAAACUUCAACAAAUAGUAAUGGAGGAAUAAAAAAAACACAUUAUGUCCAAACAUAAUUACAAUUGAAAUGAUGGGUUUAAUCAAGAUAAUUCUAGAUACUGCAUUCAAGUUAUCAAAAUAUACAAUUCCAGUAGUUGCCUGCAUAUUUAGACUCUUAUAUUAUAAUAAAUGCUAAAAAUUGAGAGCACAUGCACCCUCAAUUUUAAUGUUAAUUUUAAGCUCUAGGUAUAUAAUUCCAUGAAUAGAUUCCUUAGGCCUUAAAAAAGAUAGACAUGCUGUAUUUAGAAUUUUGAGAGCAUAAAAUGAAGCUGAGUAUUGAGAUUAGAAUUUUUCAAGUCGACCUUAGGUAGGUACCAC